AGUUUAUUAAUCUCGUCCCUUCCGAGUGCGCAAGUUGCGCGCUGCACCAAAACCGGAAACCGACCCCCCGUCAGCGCAUUUCGUCCCUGAGCGUGCGAAUUGCCGAGGCACCAUGUCGGGCGCGCUGGAGGGCCUCAAGGCCGCCACCGAGCGCAUCAUCCUCGACCCGAAGUACCAUGACCUCUUGGCCAUCAUCAAGGGUGCCCGCAAUGGCGCCGUAUACGGUACCAAAGUGCGGUUCCCGCACGCGCUCGUCAUGAUCAUGCUCUUCCGCUCCGGAACGCUCCGCGAAAAAGCAAGGCUCAUCUUCCGCGCGACGCGCACACACGCGCGCAACCUGGCCAAGUUCGCCACCAUCUACAAGGCGACCUGCCUGCUGCUCAAGCACUUUGGGCCGACGCCAGGCAAGGAAGGUCCCUACGACAGCUUCCUGGCCGGCCUGCUGGGCGGGUACAUUGUGUUUGGGCAGCGGUCGCCGCGCUCGGGCCGGGUCUCGAGCGUCAACCAGCAGAUCGUCAUCUACGUGUUCGCGCGCGUGGCGCUGGCGCUGGCGCGCCUGGCCGUGCAACCCGGCCGGGGGCUCCCCGGCGUCUCGGAGCCGGAGACCAGCGCCGUCAUCCGCCGCCACGCCUGGCCCGUCUUCGCCAGCCUCUCGUGGGCCGCCGUCAUGCACCUCUUCCGCUGGCACGCCGCCGAGCUGCAGCCGAGCCUGCGCAGCAGCAUGACGUACAUCUACCGCGACUCGGACCGGUGGGAUGGGGUGAGGAACUUCUUGUGGCAUAACAAGUGAUGACCCGGUCGCUUUCUUCUGCCUCUUUUUUUUCUUUCUUUCUCUCUUUCUCUGUUCAUUCGUUUCCUUCUCCGAACAAAACUCGGCGGAGACGGGAGAAAGGGGCAGGGGUGGGUGGGUAGGUUGGAUGGGUGGUUGUGAUGAGUGAUACGCGCACCGGCGUUGCGGGGUGUUUAGACUCGGCUUUCUCUUAUUCCUCUGUUUCUUUCUUCCGUCUGCCUCAAGCGCUUGAUAUCGUGGUCUUUGGUAUGGGGCUGGGUGGCAGCUCACGCAUGCAGGUCCGUGUCUGUAUGUACAGUAUGUACAGUACAUACAUACAUAUGCGUCUGUGGACACGCAAGGAGAGGCCAUGGGAUUAGCAUCGUUAGAGCGGCAGAGCAUGGGUGGGAUGAUAAGCGUUGCGUUGUUGAGAAAGGCUCGAUUAUCGAGUUGUCGAUGCCAUCAUCUGGAUUAUCAGCAUGAAAUAUACCAAGGGCAUAAAGGCAUACACUUGGUGUUAGUCUUUGGCAGAGGGUCGCCG